AUGAAAUUCACUAAAGCCUCAGCCUUUUUUACGGAGGAUUUAAUGCUGAAGAAAUGCUUGCAAAUUCACAAAACCAACAUGAAGAAGAACGCAAAGUGUAUUUUUGAGGUCAACAAAGACAUUGACACAGAUCUCGAGACUGUUUACACAGAGCUGUUCAUUACAGAGGGAGAGAUGGAAGAUGUCAAUCAUGAACAUGAGAUUAUGAAGAUUGAUGAAGCUUUCAAGAAAAGAAAAACACAGGACAAACAAUUCAAAUGCAAUGAUAUAUUUACUGAACUGAGGAAAAAUAAAGAGGAGAGGAUUGUGCUGACCAAGGGAGUUGCUGGCAUCGGAAAAACUGUCUCUGUGCACAAGUUCAUCCUGGACUGGGCUGAAGGAAAAACCAAUCAGGAUAUAGACUGUGUGUUCCUGCUUCCAUUCAGAGAGAUCAACGUAAUUAAAGACAGAGAGGUCAAUCUCCAUGAGUUUCUGCUGAAAUUUUAUUCUGAAUUGAAGGACCUGGAGAAAUCAAAGUUAUAUAAGGAAUGUAAACUAACGUUUAUAUUUGAUGGACUUGAUGAGAGUCGACUGCCGUUGAACUUUAAAAGCGACACGCUGGACACUGUUGAGGAAAGAGCAUCUGUAGAUUUGCUGUUUACAAGUCUGGUCAAAAGGAAGCUGCUUCCAUCAGCUCUUGUCUGGGUGACCUCACGACCAGCAGCAGCCAAUCAGAUCCCUCCACGGUAUGUGGGUUUGUUCACAGAGGUGCGAGGAUUCAAUGACCAACAGAAGGAGCAGUACUUCAGAAAGAGAAUCACAGAUGAGACUCAAGCCUCCAAAAUCAUCUCACACAUUAAGACGUCUCGUAGUCUCUACAUCAUGUGCCACAUUCCUGUCUUCUGCUGGAUCACAGCCACAGUACUUCAGGAUAUUCUCAUCAAGAACAAUGCAGAAAACAUAAGCAUAACACUCACUGAAAUGUACAUUCACUUCCUGCGGAUACAGAUGAACAUGAAGAAUCAGAAGUAUGAUGAACAAGAAAGAAAACAUUCAGAGCACUUAAAAUUAAACAGAGAGCUGAUUUUGAAGUUAGCUAAGCUAGCAUUUGAACAGCUGAAGAAGGAAAACAUUGUGUUCUACGAGAAAGAUCUAAAAGAAUGUGGUAUUGAUGUGAGUAAAGAUACUGAGUUCACAGGAAUGAUCGCUGAGAUCUUUAGGAUGGAAGCUGGACUUUAUAAGACAAAUGCCUUUAGCUUUGUGCAUCUGAGUGUUCAAGAGUUCCUCGCUGCAGUGCAUGUGUUUAUCUGCUACCUGAACAAGAACAGACAAGAGCUUCAGUUUUUCUUUGAAGAUUCACAAAAUACAGCCUGGCAAAAGCUUCCGUUCUUCUCAAGAAAUUUCCAAUUUCAUGACUUAACAAAGAGGGCCACUGAUAAAGCAAUGCAGACUAAGAGAGGACACCUGGACCUGUUCCUGCGGUUUCUGAUGGGCAUUUCACUGGAAUCCAGUCAGAACUUACUCAAAGGCCUGAUCACACACACUAAAGACACCACAGAGAGCAUCACACAAACAACUGAACACAUUAAAGAAUUACUGAAACAGGACAUCUCAGAUGAAACUACAGUCAACCUAUUCUACUGCUUACUUGAGCUGAAAGAUAAUUCAUUAUAUGAGGAAAUCCAAAGUUACCUCAGUUCAGAUGAACAUCCAGGAAGAAAACUCUCAUCUUCAAUGUGCACAGUGUUGACCUACAUACUGCUGAUGUCAGAGAAAGUGCUGGAUGAGUUCAGUCCAAAGAGGUUCACGUCACCUUCAAACUACAAGAAACUCAUUCCAGCUCUGAGGUGCUGCAGAAAAGCCCUAUUUGAUGGCUGUGAUCUUAAUGUAACAUGCUGCGAAACUGUGUCUUCUGCUCUACAAUCGUCAAACUCUCAUCUGACGGAGCUGGACCUGAGUAACAAUAACCUGCAGGAUUCAGGAGUGAAACUGCUUUCUGAGGGACUGAAGAGUUCAAACUGUCAACUGAACAUACUGAGGCUAUGUGGAUGUAAUCUCACUGCUCAGUCCUGUGAAAGUUUGUCUUCAGCUCUACAAUCCUCAAAUUCCCAUCUAAAUGUGCUGGAGCUGAGUAACAAUGAUCUACAGGAUUCAGGAGUGAAGCUGCUUUCUGAAUGUCUGAAGAGUACAAACUCUAAGCUGGAGAUGCUGAGAUUGUCCUUAUGUAGUCUCACUGCUCAGUCUUGUGAGAAUUUGUCAUCAGUUUUACAAUCAUCAAGCACCUUUCUGAGAGAGCUGGACCUGAGUAACAAUGAUCUACAGGAUUCAGGAGUGAAGCUGCUUUCUGAAGGUCUGAAGAGUACAAACUCUAAGCUGGAGAUGCUGAGAUUGUCCUUAUGUAGUCUCACUGCUCAGUCUUGUGAGAGUUUGUCAUCAGUUUUACAAUCAUCAAGCACCUUUCUGAGAGAGCUGGACCUGAGUAACAAUGAUCUGCAAGAUUCUGGAGUGAAGCUUCUUUCUGAUGGACUGAAGAGUCCAAGCUCUAAGCUGGAGAUACUGAGGUUGUCUGGCUGUAUGGUGACAGAGGAAGGAUUUUCUUAUGUCUCUUCAGUUCUGACUUCACACCCCUCACAUUUGAGAGAGCUGGAUCUAAGCUAUAAUCACCCUGGAGAUUCAGGAGUCAAGCUGCUCCAGGAAAAACUGGACAAAUUCAAGUAUUUUCUCACACUGGAUCCAAACACAGCAAGCACUGAUCUCAUUCUGUCUGAGGAGAACAGAGAGGUGACACGUGUGCAAGAGAAACAGCCGUAUCCUGAUCAUCCAGACAGAUUUAAUAAGUGUCAUCAGGUCUUGUGUAGAGAGAGUGUGUGUGGACGCUGUUACUGGGAGAUUGAGUGGAGUGGAGAAUAUGGUGUAUUUAUAUCACUGUCAUAUAAGAGAAUCAACAGGAAGGGAGAUGAGGAGUGUGUGUUUGGACGUAAUGAUCAGUCCUGGAGUUUGAUCUGCACUCCUGACAGUUACUCAUUCAGUCACAAUAACAAAGAGACUGAUCUCUCAGUGAAGCCUAUUAGCAGAAGAAUAGGAGUGUAUGUGGAUCACAGAGCAGGAACUCUGUUCUUCUACAGCGUCUCUGAAACAAUGAGACGCACAAUCCACACAGUCCAGACCACAUUUACUCAGCCGCUCUAUCCUGGGUUUGGUUUUUUUUCUUAUGGAUCAUCAGUUACACUGUGUUGA